AUGUCACGAAUACGGGACGUUUGGGCACCCAACCUGGAGACGGAGAUGGCGAACAUCCGAGAACUCAUCGAGAAGUACCCCUACAUUGCCAUGGAUACGGAGUUCCCUGGAGUUGUGGCACGGCCAAUAGGAUCGUUCAAGACGUCGUCAGACUACCACUACCAGACGAUGCGGUGUAAUGUCGACCUGCUCAAGAUAAUCCAAGUCGGUCUCACGCUCGCGGACGAAGAGGGCAACUUCCCACAAGAGGUCUCAACAUGGCAGUUCAACUUCAGGUUCAGUGCAAACGAGGACAUGUUCGCGCCUGAAUCCAUUGAUCUACUACAGAAGUCCGGCAUAGAUCUACAACGGCAUGAGGAGAUGGGAAUUGAGCCGAAUGACUUUGCCGAGCUUAUGAUUACGUCUGGACUCGUGUUGACCGCGGACACAAAGUGGAUCUCGUUUCACAGUGGCUACGACUUCGGGUAUUUCGUCAAGCUGCUGACAGGCCAGUCAUUACCGACAAACGAGGAGACGUUCUUCGAUGUCCUACAUACAUGGUUCCCCACCAUCUACGACAUCAAGUUCGUUAUGCGAUCAUGCAAAGUCCUCAAAGGUGGUCUCCAAGACGUCGCUGACGACCUUGGGGUACGUGCAUGCCUCGUGAUCUGCCACUUCCGGCAAAGGCUCAUAGUGCUGCUGCAGGUGAUGCGAAUAGGACCCUCACACCAGGCCGGCUCCGACUCGCUCCUCACCGCCUCCACCUUCUUCAAGAUGCGCGAGCUCUACUUUAACGAUAAACUCGACGACCCUGAGUUCAACGGCAAGCUCUACGGCCUGGGCCAGACCUUCACCGUCCAGAACGGCGUCGCGGAGAAUGUUCGCGCGGGUACGGCCGCGACGAUUGCCGAGCGCGAGGACCGCGCUGGGCCGUCUGGCCGCGAGGCCCACAACCAGACCCCAGGUCCGCCUCCGGGCCAUGGCGUCAUGGGCAUGGGAGGUGCGUUGACGACGCCGGUCAUGGCGGGCGCGAUGCCCGCGCAAAUGCCGACAACGCCGUACGGGCCCAUGACGAAUGGCCCGUACAUGCGCACGGCUAUUGGAGUUGGGGGUGGCAGAUAG